AAUGAAGUUUGUGUUUGUGCUACUCUUAAAUGUCCUUGGGUUGUCCUUGGCUUUAAAGUUCCCGGACAUCAAACGCAACAGCCGCAUCAGCAAAGGUUGCUACGAUCCGGAAUUUGACAAAGGCAAAAUGGAAGUAAUGUAAGUGAAAGUUUGGGUGCUGCUUCUCGGUGUUGCGGAAAUCGUCCUUUGUUCGCUUUUGUGCUUUACUGUGGUUAUUGUUCAGUGUGUUUGCCAGUUUACCAGUGCAGUGAUUACUGUAAUUUUUCAAGCGAUCAAACGUUGUCUGGUCGUUUCACUGCAAAGUUUUUUUCUUUCGUUUCUGUUUGACUGCACCACGAAAUGAAUGCCCUUCAGAAAACUUUGAGUCGCUUCAAGGAAAUAUUUUUCAUUGAGGCCACUGUGCUGUUCGUCCUCCGUAAAUCUUUUCUGUUCAGUAUGAAGCCAAGUUAAUAUCCCCACACAAAAAGUCAUUCAUUAACGCGAGUACGAGUGUACGUUGAAGUAUUGCAGCUCGAUUUCCGCUAAGCCCCAAUAUUUGUUAUGUAUGCCUGUUUCGACUAGUCCUUUGCGUGAAAUAGCAUUAGAUUGGUACAUGCAUGAUAGAUAUAUGGGGCUUUACGGAAAUCUGACCAAAGUAUAAGGAGUCUAAUGAUUGUUAUUUGAGAUCAUGGAGAUAAAAAAAAGAAACUGAAGCUUGUUAUGCAACCGGUGACUAAGCAAAUUUCAAUCCGCGUAUAAGCUUUCACGCUGUAGUUUGAUUUCACUUUUUUCUCUCAAACUCUUUUGUUAUAGAUGUUUCUGGUACAUCUUCCAGACCUGGGUUAAACCACAGAAUAGUGGGCCACUUAUUACCAAACUAAUACAAAAGUCUGAAACUAAUCAUUGCUGUGGAGCGACCGAAGGGAGCGAGCAGCAACAUAAUCAGGAUUUAAAGGAAAUAUAUAAGGGGCGACGAAUUCUCGAAUUCAUCACUUUUUACCACAAUGCAUUGCAUUUAACCACACUUUUUACCACAACGCAUUGCAUUUAACCAGAGUGCAUUGCGCCACGAACAACUCAAAUAAGUUCGGUGGGUGAGAGAGUGCAUCGUUCGCUGCUCAGACUUAGAGUUUUCUUUGUGGCAAAUUUUCUACAGCACGGUUAGAGGUCUUAACAAAUUUUAAGACAUGCAGGAGUCUUUCAGAUGAGUACGAUUGUUAACUUGGGGAUUGGAUUUCAAUUCAAGAGCGUUUUUUGACUCGUCCAGGUGUUAAACCUGACGAGAAGAUGAGCAUUCGCUCUUCGACUCCGCAACACGGGGGAUAUACAAAUUCCAGCUUGCUAGAAGGUGAUUUGAAAGUGAGAAAAUGUCAUGCAAUGCUAUUCUUAAGAAACUGUAUGAGCCGAAAAUGGAUGUGAUUUUGACCAUUUGCUUCAAAAUAACAGCGGAAAUCGAGAUAACAAAACAUAUGUUUUGUGUCCUACUUUGCAGACGAGGAUGUGUAUCGGCGUUUUGAAAAGCAUAAUUAUAUUCUUUCAUUCAUUUAUUGCCAUGGAAUAUGCGUUUACAUUGUUUUUUCACUGUCAAUAGCUCGGUUCACACGGCUGGCGAUCAUCUUGCCGGCGGAAGUUUCAUGGAAAAGGAAUAAAAUCAAAGACUUUUCCUAAGGACUAGGUAGUCAGUCUCUGUGGUGUAGUGGUUAGGUGCAGUCGCGUCGAGUCGAAGGUGCGGGGUUCAAGUCCUACUGAAUUAUUCAUUCCUUGUUUCUUUUUUUUUUCCGUUUUUUGUGUUGUUGUUUUCUAUAAAUAUAUAGCUAAAUAACUGUUACUUAAUAAAAUGCAACAAACAGCAAGAAAAGUAUUUUGUUUCCAGAGAAAAUGUCGUGCACCGUAUAUUAAAUAUAUGGAUAAACGAUCUGAAUUUCUAUUAUUUCCUACAAUUUACUGUGGGAAAACGAGAGCUGAUAACCACUUGAUCAUUUUCUAAACAACGUUCCCACGAGUUCUUUCUAUAGACUGAUAGUAAUUAUUCUAGUACUUUCCAACAUGUAAAUAUGACAUUCAAUGUCAUUUUUGAUUUUUUUAAGUCUCACUGCCUAACUAAUGCCAGUAUCAACAGAAUGUGCCGCAGCAUUACUAUCUUUUAGAUACCCUAGUUAAAUAUUUUAGCACAGGCAGACCACCCUCUGUUUGUGGGGGCCGUUGUUAAUUGAAAUCUGAGCAACGAUCUUUUGUUAUUUAUAGAAGAAAUACAUAUGAACAAUACAGUGGCUAUAAUUUGUUGAAAAAUGCAGAAUUUAAAGCAAAUUUUUCAAUAAAAAGUUUGAAGAAAAUGUUAACUGAGUCAUGUGUCAUGUUUUUUUUUGCCGUCCCGUGCUGUUGUAAGCACUAUAUUGUGAGAUGAAUAUUUGACCUUGGCGGUUAGAACUAAAGAAGGAGACAAGGCAGGCAGCAAUCAGCCUCUGGCGUCAGCUGGAACUGACGCCAAACUAUUUAAUUUCUUACCUCGAAAAUACCGGCUCCCAUUCCACUAGAUAUGUAUCCGUGCCCCAUCCGAAUGAGAGCUCAAUCCUUCCAAAAUUUCUCGAGAAAAGCGAUCCUGAAGUUGCAAGACCAGCUUUCUCAACAUGACCGGUGCAAAAAUCUCAACCAAAGGCAUUUGAGGUAUGCACGUCGAUUCAAAUCCACCAGUCAGUGUAUCGAGACCAUUGGCAGUUCAAAACCACAACCCUGACCCACACGGAUGUUUGUUUGGUCGCGAUACGCUGAUUGGUGGAUUUGAAUCGACGUGCGCACCUCAAAUGGCUUUGGUUGAGAUUUUUACACCGGUCGUGUUGAGAAAGCUGGUCUUGCAACCUCAGGAUCGCUUUUUUUGAGAAAUUUUGUUAUUUUCGAGGUAAGAAAUUAAAUAGUUUGGCGUCAGUUCCAGCUUAAAUUGGACUGGGUCAUGCCCCGGCGGCUGUUUGCUGCCUGCCUUGUCUCCUUCUUUAGUUCUAACCACUGUGGUCAAAUAUUCAUCUCGCAAAAUAGCGCUUAAAACAGCAUGGGACGGCGAAAAAAACAUGACACAUGGCUCAGUUAACAUUUUCUUCAAACUUUUAUUGAAAAAUUUGCUUUAAAUUCUGCAUUUUGGAACAAAUUAUAGCCACCCAUAUCAUGGCUGUAUUGUUCAUAUGUAUUUCUUCCAUAAGUAACAAAAGAUUCUUGCUCAGAUUUCAAUCAACAACGGCCCGCACUAACAGAGCGUGGUCUGCCUGUGAUUUUAGUAAUGCCCUGUAACAUCAAUUUGAAACUUCAACCGUCCCCGCCUCCCUGGGCAUUGGAACUGUUUAAAAUUCUCAUGACAUUAACCCAAUAUAGGGGUUAAAUACUCCCCCCCCCCACUCCUAAAAAAUUGUUUUACAGGCUGUGAAUUAAAAAAAAAAAUUAGUGAAUGUUCAGGGACUGCAAAAGGGGAGGGGCUGGGAUUUAUUUUUUAGGGCUCCAGUUUACUAGCCUGCAAAUAAAACGGUUUCUCCUAGCUGGUUGCUGCCAGGGACAUUUUGUUUCUAGGAUGGAGGGAAAGAGUGAGCUUCCAUGGAAAACGUGAAAAUUUUUUAAUUUAUUUAAGACUGCAUACAUGUGCAUUCUCAGGCAGCUAAUGAAAAUAUUCUUUUUUAUCUGUGCAACUUAAAUAUUUAUCUAACUUGUAUGUUACAGCAAAACUCCACGCCCUCAUUCAUAUCUGGACCUUGAAGACAUGCCAAAGGAGCUUGAUUGGAGGUCUGUCCCAGGCAAGGGAAACUUUGCUAGUGUGACACGGAAUCAACACAUUCCUCAAUACUGCGGUUCUUGCUGGGCUCAUGGGACAACUAGUGCCAUGUCCGACAGAAUCAACAUCCUUAGGAAUGGAAAGUGGCCAAGCAAUCUCUUAUCAGUGCAGAAUGUCUUGGACUGUGGUAAGAAAGCUUUAUCAUCGUGACAUUGAUAAAUUAAGGUAGUAGAAGUGUUAUGCCAGUGUUUGGAUAUGUAAAAUCUUUAAACUGUCCCUUUGCCAUGCCUCCCCUGUCCCCUGGUCCUCUUACCCCACCCCAGUUACACACAUGAAUCAACCAGGCCCCAAAAACCUUGAAAAUUUAUAGUUGUGGUUGAACAUAGAACUAAUCAACAAUCACACCUGUGGCUGCAACAAUGAAAGUAGUGUUUGACAGUGAUGAAAAACACAAAAGCUGCAGAAGUUGUAAUCUGAACUUUAAAAGCAUAACCUGUUUUGGGAUUUCUGCAAAUUAGGGCUACAUGCCAGUCAAUACCACAGAAAAGCUCAAAAUACUGUUUUACCGUUACUACGAAUUUUGUUGAGUUAUAUAUGAGGCAGGGAGUUUUCUGCCUUAUUGUGGACCAGGAGAGGUGGCUUACCUAUACAGGUGUUUCUGUAUACAUGUACUUGCACAUGCAAUUUUGUACAUUUACAGCAGCACUGGGUGCCACGUGUUGACAUGUUUUCCAUAAAGAUUAUAAGGACUAAUUAAAAUUUCUUUUUCAGCUUACAGCCUUUAUCUCUAGACAUUUUGAUUCCUGCUUCUGUCAAAAUGAGAAACUUGUAAAAGCCAGGAUUACUUCUGGAAUAUUGUGGUGUUGUGAUCAGUCACAACAAAGAUGAAGACAUGCGAGGGAACCGCAAAUAAAUAAUUAUUAUAAACUGGCUGUAAAUUUUUUUAAGUUGUUGCCUGCAAUUCAGUUUUCUUACACAUGAUUGACUUAAAUAUUUCUCAUGUUUGUAGUUUUCUAAAUUGCAGCAAAGGUUGGUAAUGCCACGGAGAUACCAGUGCUUAUGAAUGAUAUGCUUUAUUACAACAGGUAAUGCAGGGACCUGCCAUGGAGGUGGAAUGAUUGGUGUAUAUAAAUAUGCUCAUGAGAAAGGUAUACCUAGUGAAACCUGCAAUAAUUAUCAAGCCAAAGAUGAAGAGUGCACGGCAUUCAAUCAGUGUGGCACGUGCACCACAUUUGGAGAGUGUCAUCCUAUCACCAACUAUACGAAAUGGAAGGUCAGCGAGUAUGGUAAGAGGCAGUGUUGACUUAAAAUUAUCAUUAGACAUAAAUGUUUCAUUCAGGCUGCCACUAAGGCACGGGGACUGUUACAGUCUGUAUGAGCAUGACCCCCGGCUAUUUUCAAAUACGAAACUAAAGAGUUCCAAAAGAGCUUCAUACAUGUGUAGCCUAUACCCAGAGCCUUGAAAUCUUGGUGACAGCCCUGUGCAGGUCAGUUGAAAUUGGCAAUUUCCAAGUUACCCCAGUCAACAAAUCUUUCACUGUAAAAGAGUUGGUCAGGAAGGCAAAGUCCAGCAACAUGAUAGAUUGAAAAACAACAGACCAUCGAGUAAUGUCACAGGGGGGUAGUUAUUUGAAAAGGGGGCACAUAGUUCAUUCUUCACAUUUAGUAAACAGGGAAAGUUGUGUGUGUGCUGCAGAUACAUUUAUCAGUAGCCUGUUCCAGGCUCCAACAUAUUAUACCCUGCUUCAGGCUAUAAGAUAAUCAUCUGCAGUUACUGGUUCAAUACUGAUGCACAAAUCACACGUCAGUUUUUCCUAACCUCCCUAUGUAUCUGAAACCCUGGCAAGGCUAUGUUUCCCUGCGAUCAGAGGUUUCUCUCUUGCAUGGUUGUUAGGGUUUACUAAGUCAUUCGCCAACUAGGCAACAGACAAGCCACGGGAAUGACUCCUUAAAGGUUAAAGGUAAAGGCCAUAAACAGUGAACCCUUUAAGCCCCAAUAUCCACAAACAAAUUCUCCAAACUGAUCUCUAUACAUUUCCUUAGAGAAUUAGUUGGGAGAAAUUGAUAAAAGAUCAGAGAUCUUUCUCUUUGUGAUCAUUUGAUUAAUUCUCAUAGAUGUUGCACUUGACAAUCUAUGGAUAUUGUUAGGAGAAAAUUGAUGUUGGUCACUACUGGGACUUAACCCAUUCGCUCCUGGAGAUUUUGCCGAAAAACACGUUUUGAAGCUAGUCGAGUGGUUUUCUGGUCACUGUCGUGCUAUAAAGAGCUAAAACUUACCAGAAACCGGUUUACAGGUCGUACACUUGGCGGCCUUCUGAUCCAGAUGCAAAAUAUCAGCUUGCGAAGUUCGGGCAUGCGCAGAAAGCAAAAUUUCGCUUUCUCUCCUCCCCUCUUUUUUCGCUUUUCUUGCCUCAUUUUUUUUUCUCUUGCUGGGCAUUUAGUAGGCUUCAUUUUGGUGGGAAGAGUUUUUAGGAAAGCUUUUCGGAUCUUAGGAUUAGGUGAAAGGAAAGGUAGGUGGGUAAUGGAACAAGAUUUUCAUGGAGAUUUUCAGGUCCUUGUCAUGUGGUUUUUUGCUUGUUUCUCCGGUGUCCUUGACUAAAUUGUGCUCAUUCUGGUAUGGUUUGAAAGAUCUCUUCACUCUGCACAAGUUAGCGAAGAAAGUUGUCCUUGACCGUUAAGACUGAUGACGUCACAAUGGGUAGAAAGGACCGGGAUCCGCACGGGCGGUUACGGGCGGUUCAGGGGCGAAUGGGUUAAAGGGUUAAAGCCUAUCUAUUACUUUUAGCGUUAAGGGGUGCUAAUUCGAACAUUUCUGUUAUUUUAAUUUCAAGAAAUCCCUCUCGUAUUGUCUUGCAGGUAAUGUUAGUGGACGUGAUAAAAUGAUGGCCGAAAUCUAUGCCAGAGGUCCUAUUGCAUGUGGUAUAAUGGCCACUUCGAAACUUGAGGCAUACGAAGGAGGUAUCUACACUGAAUACAACCCUUCCCCUAUGAUCAACCACAUUGUAUCUGUUGCUGGCUGGGGUGUGGAGAAUGGAACAGAGUACUGGAUUGUGCGCAACUCCUGGGGUGUCCCGUGGGGGGAAGAGGGUUGGCUGAGGAUCGUCACCAGCGCAUACAAAGGUGGAAAGGGAGACGAUUACAACCUGGCAAUUGAACAGGAUUGCGCAUUUGCUGUGCCUAUAGUGAAAGAGGACUAAAAUAAUGAUUGAUGUUAAGAAAUUGUCGAAGUUUUUUUUUUCCUAACAGCGAUCUGGUAGUAAAGUAUUCAUUUUUCAGGAUCUUUUAAGAUUUAUGAUUGUAUGCAUUUAAAGAGACAGUUUGUGAAGGAAAAAGAACGCUCUUUUUGCGACUUUUAGUCUCACUUGCUUGGAGAUUAGAUCGAGAAAUGAGGAGGCGAUUAAUUCUACACGAAACAGGAUUUACUUUCGAAAGGGUUUUUACUUCUUGCUUUAUUUUAUUUGUUUCUGAAGUGAUUUAGUACGCCUGUUAGCGACGACCGGAAAUUCGUCCGCGGUCAGAGUGUUUUCACAUGACGUAACGGCGGCCAUGUUGGUGUCCCAAACCAAUCCUGUGGGAGUUGAACUCUUUUCAUAUGCAAACGUUUUCUUUUGUUCCAAUAAAUUUGCAUAGAUGCUGGCCACUUGAGUGAAAACACUCUAUGCUCUAUACCCUAUACUCUAUACACGAAAAUUCAAGGGCCUCGAUUCCAGAGAAAUUACGUCAUUGCCAGAUAUCAAAAGUGAUUUACAUGGCACGUCAUUUCAAUCAU